AAGCUACCGAUUCGUCGCUUUGAGGCAAAGCGGAACACUCAUUGGUUUAUUUGACAGAUCCCAUGUGUUUUUGGAGCACGGUGUUGCAACGCUCUAGAGCCUCAAUAAACAGGACCACUACUGUUUGGGAUAAGAGACUUGGUAACACAAUGGCGUCCGACUCUCCCCGACGUCCCAGCCGCUGCGCCGGGGGGGUGGUGGUGCGAGCGCAAGCCGCGACAGAGCAGACGUACAUGGAAAGUGUGGUGACAUUUCUGCAGGAUGUGGUCCCGCAGGCAUAUACAGGCGCACCACAGACGGAUGAAAAGGAGAAAAUUGUUUGGGUCAGAUUUGAAAAGACAGACAUCAAUGAUGUCGCUCGCUCACCGGAAUUCCUGGAGAUGCACGGAAAUGUCAGCGUCCCGCCUCUCUGCCUGCUGAUUGGCUACACCGACGGGAUGCAGAUCUGGAGCAUAUCUCCCAGUGGGGAGGCCCAGGAACUAUUUUCUGUGCGUAAUGGUCCAGUGAGAACUGCCCGGAUCCUGCCUGCACCGCAUAUCAGCCCCAUGAAGACCGACAGCUUUGCUGUGAAGAGGCCCCUCCUUGGUGUCUGCAAGAGCGCCGGGUCUUCAGGAACGAGCCCCUCUUUCUGCUGUGUGGAUCUCUACUCCCUGCGGACGGGAGAGAUGGUCAAGUCCAUUCAGUUCAAAACGCCCAUUUAUGACCUGCUCUGUAACAAACGGAUCCUUGUCGUCGGUCUGCAGGAGAAAAUCGCCGCCUUCGACAGCUGCACUUUUGCGAAGAAAUUCUUUGUCACCAGCUGUUACCCCUGUCCCGGGCCCAACCUCAACCCCAUGGCGCUGGGGGGCCGCUGGCUGGCCUACGCCGAGAACAAGUUGAUCCAGUGCCAUCAGUCUCGUGGGGGAGCUUGUGGAGACGGCGCUCAGUCCUACACCGCCACCGUCAUCAGCGCCGCCAAAACGCUCAAGUCGGGCCUGACGAUGGUGGGGAAGGUGGUGACUCAGCUGGCCGGCACUGUGCCCCCCGCCCCGCCCGAGGAGGAGGCCCCGCCCCACAGCGGCCCCCGCCGCAGCGUCCACGCCCCCGGCGUCGUCACCGUCAUCGACACGCAGGCCGUGGGGGAGGGGCAGGUCAUGGUCAGUGAGGACUCGGAUGGAGAUGGGGUCGUGGCCCACUUUCCUGCCCACGAUAAACCCAUUUCCUGCAUGGCGUUCAGCCCCAGCGGUAUGCUGCUCGUCACUGCAGACACGCUGGGCCACGACUUCCACGUCUUUCAGAUCCUGACUCACCCCUGGGCCUCUUCCCAGAGUGCAGUUCACCACCUCUACACGCUGCAUCGCGGGGAGACGGAGGCCAAGGUGCAGGACAUGUGCCUCAGCCAGGACUGCCGCUGGGUGGUGAUCAGCACCCUGCGUGGCACCUCGCACGUGUUUCCCAUCAACCCCUAUGGCGGCCCGCCCUGCGCCCGCACGCACGUGUCCCCCCGGGUGGUGAACCGCGUCAGCCGCUUCCAGAAGAGCGCCGGGCUGGAGGAGAUCGAGCAGGAGCUGGGCGGGAAGCAGGGGGGGCGCUGCAGCCCCGUCCCGGGCCUCUCCAGCAGCCCCUCUGGCUCCCCGCUGCACGUGAAGCUCGGCAACCAGGAGACGUACAGCAGCUUCACCAGCAGCACCACGGGGAACCCGGGCCUCUCUCCCCUGCCCGCGCUGACGGUGGUGCCCCCGCUCGCCCAGAUCAAGCAGCCCGUCACGCUGGGCACCAUCACGAAGCGCACGGGACCCUACCUCUUUGGGGCAGGAUGUUUUUCCAUUAAAACUCCGUGCAAAGCCAAGCCGACUCCUCCCCACGUUUCCCCCAGCAAGUCCUCCGGAGGGGAGUUCUGCGUGGCGGCCAUCUUUGCCUCGUCACGCUCCUGGUUCCUCACCAAUCCCAACACCAAGAGGGAGAAAGACCAGUCCAAGCAAGCAGUGGUGGACUCCCUGUACAUCCUCAGUUGUUAUGGUAACUUGGUAGAGCACGUUCUGGAGCCCCGGCCAAUCAGCACGGCCCAAAAGAUUGGUGAUGACACGCCCCUGGAGCUGAGCACCUGCCCCCGGGCCAGCUGGACCCUGGCCAGGACGCCGCACUGGAACGAGCUACAGCCGCCGUUCAGCGCCAACCAUCCCCUGGUGCUGGCAUCAGACCUGGUGCAACACUACCAGUACCUGCUGGCUGGCAUGGUGCCCCCCGGAAGCCCCGGCCCCCUCACGAGGCAGGAGUCGUAUGACAGCCUGGCGUCGGACCACAGCGGGCAGGAGGACGAGGAGUGGCUGUCCCAGGUUGAGAUUGUGACCCACACCGGGCCUCACCGGCGCCUGUGGAUGGGCCCUCAGUUCCAGUUCAAGACGCUGCACCCGUCGGGCCAGACCACGGUCAUCUCCUCCAGCUCCUCCGUGCUGCAGUCCCAGGGCAGCAUGGACUCCCAGCAGCCUCUGCUCGACUUCGACACCGACGACCUGGACCUGCACAGCCUCAGGAUCCAGCCCGUCCGCUCGGAGCCAGUGAGCAUGCCCGGGUCCUCCAGGCUGGUGGCGGAUCGCCGGGGUCUGCCCGGCGCCAUGGACCCCGGAGCAGGGAUGCUGGACCGCAGCGUGACCCUGCUGGAGGUGUGCGGCAGCUGGCCCGAGAGCUUCAUGCGUCACAUGACCUCCGCGGACGCCUCCGAGGACGGGCUGAGGGAGCGGCUGGCCGACGCCAUGUCCGAGUCGCCCAGCCGGGACGCCGUGGGCACCGGGACAGAGCUGCAGCGGGAGGGCAGCAUUGAGACCCUCAGCAACAGCUCGGGCUCCACCAGCGGCAGCAUCCCGCGCAGCUUCGAGGGCUACCGCUCGCCGCUGCCGACCAAUGAGAGCCAGCCGCUCAGCCUCUUCCCCAGCGGAUUCCCUUAGGCCGACGCCAGCGCCCCACAACCCCCCCCCCCGCAUUCCCACACACUCCCCCGAGCCUCUUUCAGGUCCCAGCACGGCUGCCGCACGCCAGGAGAUGCCCCUGUUGUGCGUCCUGCAGGUUCCGCUCGCAGAAUAACCUGCUCCGCUUUCUAGUGAAAGAGCGCGCUGGAGAAAGGAGGCGGAGCUUCGGAGGCUUCGGUAGACGUAGCUGUCACGGCUGUCGCAGAUGUGUCCCCGCCGAUUACGUUUUUCUUGGCCGAUCCGAAUAUUAUCUUUUUCUUCCUCUUUCCUGGGGGGAGUGGGAGCUGCUGGGCCGGGAACCGCUCCAUUUUUCUCAGACCAUGUGACCUUCCUGAACCAAAACUACAUGACAGUGAAUGUUGUAGCUAGAUGCGCUCUCCGUCCCUCCGAUGUCCUUUCUGUGUGAUGCAGACGACCUGAAGGCCCGGUCGCCUGGCAAGUGGGGUCUCUGCAGCGAUGACUGUUAAAUGAUUCCGAGGUUUCUCGGUUGUGUAACUCAGACAAACCCUUGUGUAAUAUCCAGGUUUCUCUACCGAUUAAUCUACAUCGAUUCCUGUGUUCCAGUUCCUGGGGAUCAACAACUGCACCUAUUUGUAUGUAUCAGAAAGAAAACAUCGAUCUGUUCCUAAAGUUAUGGUGAAUAUUUUGCUGGGCAAAGCGGGUAAUCACAAAACAUUUAAAGCAUUGUUCCUGUUUUCUCAAGUUCCAUUAUUUAUGUUAAAUGAUAUAUUUUCUUUUUAUUCUGUACCGUAAUCGGCAAUUUGUGUGCACCGCAUUGGCAGCUAGCAGGAAGGUUUGUUGCUAGCUACCUAAGGCCAGCUAGUCGAGUGUCUUGUCUUAUUUUUAUGUGUGUGUCGACUGACCAUCAGUGAGCUCUCAGCUUCUGAUUGGACACCUAGUAAGCUAAUGUGCAGAUAUUUUAUUGGAGUGUGAAGUCAUUUUUUAAAAUAUACUUCUUAUCAGUGAACAUCUUCGAAACACUAAUAUUUUACAUUUAGAAUUCCGGUAGCAGUUAUACCAUGCCGGUAGUAAUUAUGCCAGACAUAAAUCACAAUGACUGCCAAAAAAAACAACAACACUGAAUUAGGUGAGUUACAGAUACUGAGAGACCUCGGUAUAUUACCUGUGACUAACAUUAUUCCACAGUGAGUGUAAUUAUUUCAUUGUGAGUGACAGCACACGCAACAUAGCGAAGUUGAGGACACCGGUGGGACUAUUUUCCCCCCUCUUUAAUUGAAUGAUGUCACAGUGUGCUCAGCUGGCCAGUUGAUGAGAUGGUUAAUGAGUUUUCAUUUUUUGUACUGAUUGUAUGCUCCUUCUUAGUUUUGUUAUUUAAGGGUGUUGGGGGAUGGGGGAGGCUAGGCGUGUGGUUGAAAUCCUUGUAGCUUUCAACAGCCAUCCCAUCAUAAAUAAGGCGAUUCUGCUUCUCGGCAGUGCGAGGAGAAGACCUGGCACACACGUUUCCUUAGGAAUUGCUGAGUCCCCUCAAGUUUAGUGCAACAAACACUGCACUAAUUACCGAAAACUCUUAAUUAAUUCAGUAUUAUAGUUAGACUUAAAAUCAUAUUUCUAUUAUUUGUUUUGCAAAAUAGGACAAAAAGAUUGCCGAUGAGGUGAGCCAGUUUGACUCAUCUCAAGAUUUUCCAAUGGGGUAAGACAAUAGCACUUGAAAAGCAAGAAGGAACUUAAAACAAGCUAAUAUUUUUGUUUCGAGAGAAAACAUAUUUUAAGUGAAGUCUCAUUACAAGACUAAAGCACUUUUUAAGACAGACAAGUUUCUGGCCAGACUUCGUAAUGCAAACAAGCAUAUAAUAAACAUUUACUUAAAGGCGAGCACACAUUGACACACACAUCGGCAAAAGCCCAUUGAGAGGCUACCUAUGACUCAGCCACAAACAAAUGCACAGCAUGACAGUGUGUGGCCAUGUGGCGGGUCUAGUGACAGUGUGGCUGGCCGCCGCCGCCCCCCCCAGCCCCCUCCAGCCCCCCCACAUUUGCGGAGAGGAGAACUGGUGCCUCAUUCAGUAAUUAUUUACCAUCUUUCUUCUCCUUUGUGUAUAAACUUCUGAGAAAGCUCUCUGUGAGUCAGCUCGCCGUAGACUUUUUCUUUUCCCAGGAGCGACAGAGCAACGUGUCGUAAUGAGAACAUUCUGUGGCAGUGCAUGAAUGUCCCCUUUAUUUCCGCAGUGACGUGUUAAUGUGUUCUAGAUACUCUUUUUUGCUUUGUUUUGUUUUGGGGGGGAAAUUUACCCCCAAUUGUGAAUUAAAAAAAGCAAGGAGACGUGCUGCUUCUAAGUGCCGCCACAUCGUGUAAACUUACCGCCGCGCUCCUCGGCGUUAAAGGAACGACAGCAAGCCGCGUUGGGUUGCAGUUACGACUGAAGGGGACGGGGUGAAUCUGUAUUAUGUCGGUCAAAGUUCAGCGGCAGUUUUUUCGGCGCCCCCCCCCCGUUGUAAACUGUUGACUGGAGGAGGCGUAGGUCUACAGUAUUCCCUCAGAACUGAUCGCGCUUGUCAAUGCCCGUAUUAUUUCAAUUGUACAGUACAGAGGUCUUCGCUGUUUGCCGUAAAUCCUUCCCAACUGAAGCAUCAAGAUGUAAAACCCUGACACUGUUUCCUUUCAUUUGAAAAGGACUGAAUAAAUUCUUUUUUUUUCUUUUUUUUGAACACACUCUGCGUUUUUGUCUUAAGGUAUAUACGUGUAAGAUAUGUAGGAAUAAGGUAUAUUCCAAUACUUACCCAACCCCAUUAUUUCUAUACUCGGAAUCCCUUGUUCGGCUAUCUGAUAUUCUAAAAUGUCUGUGCUUCUGUUGAUGAAAAAGUCCCAGCAUUGGCAUUGUCAUUACAUGCACAUAUUAAAAAAAAAAAAACACUGAAA